GUAAACCCACAUCGAAAUCCCAACAGUUUGAAAAGCACAUGCUUUCUGCCGCAUCGCCCGCGAUUUCAGAAAAGGCUACAAGAUAACGAGAUACCUUGAUCGACCCUCGAACUGACAUUUUCCCUAGAGGAUAGAACCCUUUAUUUCAAGCCAUCAUGAUUGGGAUUUCGAAGGCCGAAUUCUACUUCAUACGAUCUUGUAUUAUUGGUCUCCACUACCUUGCUCCUCUAUGCCUCUUAUACUGUGCUUUUGUCGUUGCACUCUAUGGCUUGAAGACGGCUGUCACGUCUCCAGUCCCUCUGGUGAUUGAGAGCUUAGCAGUAGCAGAGUCUCUGUUCUUCCUCUUCGUCUACAUUCCAUACCGCUACUAUCUCCAAAAAGACGCAAUCCAUCCGCCAGCUCCAACUCGCGAAGAACGAAGAGAGCUUUUUCGACGUUGCGAUGAGAAUAUUCCGGACCCCGAGCUAUACUUACAGAAGUGGUUCUUGGGUUGCGAUUCAAGGGAGAUCAAGCGCGAGAACUUCAAAGAAUUUCUCCUGUGGGCUUUCUUCAACCGUGGCGGACCACCCGGGGAUGACGAUGAGGAGCUGGAAGAGUAUGUUGUCGCGACAGAGAAAUUACUUGGUCGGCCCAUAGAGGCGGGCAGAGGCAAAGCAGUAUGCUUGCGCCUGACACUGGAUCGAGUAGAAAUGCUUCAUCGAAGCUUGACUUGGUAUUGGUGCGUCGGUUUCGUUGACUUCCUCACAUACAUGCGACUACUCUUCCAUGGAUUCCACUUUCAUCGAACGAAGCUAUCUCGAUUCUUCUAUUUAUUCCCGUUUCGAUUCCAGAGUCUCUUCACUACAUAUCGAUCACCAGCAAAACAUACCACAUAUUGGCAUCGACCACAUACAUCAAAGACCAAGCUACCUGUAGUUUUCAUACAUGGGAUCGGAAUUGGUCUCUACCCCUAUACCAAGUUCCUGAACGAGUUGAACUCCACUGCUGGGAUCGAGUCAUCUGAUCCAAAUGAUCAAGUUGGGAUUAUUGCUAUCGAAAUUAUGCCAGUGUCGUUUCGAAUCUGCCAUCACGCUUUGAGUCGUACCGAGAUGUGUUCCGAGAUUGAUGAAAUCCUUCUGAAACAUUUUGACCCCGAGCAGAAGUUCGUCCUGGUGUCCCACUCAUAUGGCACAGUGAUUACGACACAUCUUCUCAAGACACCAUCUAUUGCGAAACGGAUUGGACCCAUUGUCUUAAUCGAUCCAGUAUCGAUAUUGCUACACCUGCCAGAUGUGGCAUACAACUUCACUCGGAGACAACCUAAACGUGCAAACGAGCAUCAAUUGUACUAUUUUGCGAGCAUGGAUAUGGGUGUCAGCCAUACCCUGAGCAGACAUUUCUUCUGGAACGAGAAUGUCUUGUGGAAGGAAGACUUCAAAGAUCGGAGAGUGACUGUCAGCUUGGGUGGUCGAGAUUUGAUUGUCGAUACCGAAUCCGUGGGCACCUAUCUUGCAUUAGAGUCUGGAAAUGGCCUGACGAAUGAAAGUUCGAAUGGCCAUGCAAAUGGGCACGCGAACGGAAACGGGACGCUCAUCGAUUUAGGUGAAGAUGACGCAAAUGAUUCGACUGUUGAAAUGGACGAAGAGAGUGUAGUCUCAGAAACAACCACCGACGAGGCCACUUGGAAGUCCCGUUCUUGGACUGGGAGUGGUAUCGACAUCCUCUGGUUUAAGAAUCUUGAUCAUGCCCAGGUUUUCGACAAGGCUGCUACGAGAAAGAUGCUUAUUUCUGCGAUUCGAACGUAUUGUGAAGAGACAUAGGACAUCUACAUUUGCUAAAAUCACCAAAUCACCACUCCAGCUUAUUUACGAAGAGAGGAGAUUCACGAUUCACGAUUCACAAUUCACGGACAUAGAAGGCCAUUCUAGUUUUGCACGACCUGGUGAAGAAACGUCAUCUGCAAUCUGGUUCAACAAUUCCACUUAAUACGUCAGAUUAAUAGAUUGAAAACCAGCAAUCAUAAGGCUUCAGAGACUUUUGGAAAUUAUUC